CACAUUCAAUCCAUAUAUACGAAACGUGAGAGUUGGUAAGCUAGAGCUGUAAGUGUUCAGUCAUCAGCUCACGCAUAGUCCUUUUCGUUGGUGUCGACUUUCUGCUGCUGUCUUCCUCCCGCUUGCUCUCUUUUGCUGGUUUUUGUGUCUAAGUACAGUAGCCGCCACCUCUUUUCACACCAUCAUUGCUCAAUUAUGCAUGUAGGAUAGCAGACCGAAAAAAAUUAACCCACCAAGAUGAUUGGUGGAUUAUUUGUCUACAACCACAAGGGGGAGGUUCUCAUCUCGAGGGUCUACCGCGAUGACAUUGGGCGCAAUGCAGUGGAUGCAUUUCGCGUUAAUGUCAUCCAUGCAAGGCAGCAGGUUCGCUCACCAGUGACCAAUAUUGCCAGGACCUCAUUCUUCCAUAUAAAGAGAGCCAACAUUUGGCUUGCUGCUGUCACGAAGCAGAAUGUCAAUGCUGCCAUGGUAUUUGAAUUUCUCCUCAAGAUCAUUGAUGUGAUGCAAUCGUACUUUGGAAAGAUCUCUGAAGAAAACAUCAAAAAUAAUUUCGUUUUAAUCUAUGAACUGCUUGAUGAAAUUUUGGAUUUUGGUUACCCUCAAAACUGUGACACUGGAGUUUUGAAGACCUUUAUCACUCAACAAGGUGUAAAAUCUGCCACUAAAGAAGAACAAGCCCAAAUAACUUCACAAGUUACUGGACAGAUUGGCUGGAGAAGAGAGGGCAUCAAAUACAGGCGCAAUGAGCUUUUCCUUGAUGUAUUGGAAUAUGUAAAUUUAUUAAUGAGUCCACAGGGUCAAGUGCUCAGUGCUCAUGUUGCUGGAAAGGUCGUUAUGAAAUCUUAUUUGUCUGGUAUGCCUGAGUGUAAAUUUGGAAUCAAUGAUAAAAUCGUAAUGGAAUCCAAAGGCAAAGGUAGCGGAGGCUUAGGAAAUGUAGGAGGCGAUGAUCCAACUGGAGCGCGUUCUGGUAAACCCGUAGUUGUGAUUGACGAUUGCCAGUUCCAUCAGUGUGUCAAGCUGUCAAAGUUUGAAACGGAACAUUCCAUUAGUUUUAUACCGCCAGAUGGAGAGUUUGAAUUGAUGAGGUACCGCACAACAAAGGAUAUUUCAUUGCCUUUCCGCGUUAUUCCUCUGGUUCGUGAGGUCGGGCGCACUAAAAUGGAAGUCAAAGCCGUGCUAAAAUCCAAUUUCAAGCCAUCUCUACUAGGACAAAAGAUAGAAGUGCGUGUUCCGACACCACUGAACACAGCUGGAGUUCAGUUGAUUUGUUUGAAAGGCAAGGCCAAGUACAAGGCCUCUGAGAACGCUAUAGUCUGGAAGAUCAAGCGUAUGGCUGGCAUGAAGGAAACUCAGCUGUCGGCCGAGAUUGAUCUGCUAGAGACUGACACGAAAAAGAAAUGGACGCGUCCUCCGAUUUCCAUGAAUUUCGAAGUACCUUUCGCACCUUCGGGCUUUAAAGUUCGUUAUUUGAAAGUCUUUGAAUCAAAGCUGAACUACUCUGAUCACGAUGUUAUAAAAUGGGUCAGGUAUAUUGGAAGAAGUGGUCUCUAUGAGACACGAUGCUAAUAAUAAUACUCCGAUUCUUUCGUUAAAUAGUAAACGAGUAAUCUCAAUGAAACGAAGAGUAUGGUUCUGUUAUGAUUAUGUACACUUGAAAACGCGACAAAGUCAUUUGAAGUUACUGAAUUUUAUUAAACCAACAGAAUUUAAGCUUGAUGUUGAUGUGCUAGAGAUGCAAAGCUUGUCUUUGGUAGCCGGAAUUUAGCUUGCUGUCAUAAACAAUCAUUAAAACAAAAAAUCUAGGGUGAAAGUUUACUACAACUACCAUUUUGCGAUGGUUUUUCAAUUGUUAAUACUUGUUAAUAUCGACCAAUAACGAGAUAUCCGUAGCGAUGAUUAUUACUGUAUUUUCGAUACGUGAAGGUGUGUAAAGUGUAACUCUCUGUAGAUCGGAGGACGAGUCUCGUGUCUCUUUAACAUCACUGUUGGGCCAUUUGUUGCAUAUAAUCGACAUUGCAUAUUAUUUAUUAAUAACAACAACUUUAUAACAGCAACUCUGUAGCUGGAUUUCCAAGUACCAAAACAUAUUGAUAGCAAUUUCGUUAUGGGAACAUUCUUUGUUCGAGUUUUAUCGAGUAAAAAAGAUUUAUGGCUUGUGUAUGUAUGUUAAAGUCAUAGUAAUGUAUGUUGAAAUACAUGUGCAACUCAAGUAUAUCGUGUUUAUUUGAACAAAAAAAAAAAAAAAAA